AUGCCACAAGGCGGCUCUUGGAUGAGGAACAAGAACAACAACACGUACGCGCGGUUACUAGCCAGCAGAACGACGACGUUGAUUGAAACGAGCAAGAGAAGGCAGAGGCCAUACGACGACACCCGAGGGUUCACUACCCUCAGACGUAUAUAUUCGAAAUCUGCGAAAGCAUCUCGGGCUCUAGGAGAGAUUCCCGGCACACAUACUACAGUCAUCGGGAAGGGUCUGGAUAGGAACGAAAGGCAAUAUGCCUCCACAGCGGCCGUUUUCCUCAAGAGUCGAUUGCUGAUGGCCAUGUCCGGUUCCAGGCGUCAGAAAGGCCCUCUCGUCAUAACCGCCAUAGGGGCCGGCGCUCUUUUCAUAGGGUUGAAAUGGAAAGCCGUCCUGGCGAGGAGUGAGGCCGCGAAGAAGACCAGCACAAAAGAGAACUACAACUAUUCAGUGGCGCCGGGAAGGAGUGGUAAGAGCUCGAUCCGCCAUUCGAAUAUCAGAAUAUCAAUCGGGUGA